AUGUCAUCGCAGCAGACAAUCCUCGUCGGUGCGUCCGCAGCCUCAGCCCCUCAGCUUCCCGGCGGCUAUGUUCUGCGACAACUUCUUGCAAAGACGCACUUUUCGUCGGUAUGGCUCGCAUCCGUUCCUUGGAGAGCUCCCCUUCCGACCCGCGACGCUCAGGCGGCCGACAGCCGCCAAGGUCAACGCAGCUUGGCUUUCGCUCAAUGCAUCGGUCAACCGGACCGAAACGGCGCGGGGGACGACUGGGGGGAGGAUUUGGGCGAAGUAGUGGUCGUGAAGGCGAUGGAUGCGUCUCAGCCCACCCACGCCGCCGUGGCAGCUAACGAGGCAGCGGCGCUCAGGCAUUUGGCGGCCUCCGCCUCCGCUGUCGCCUCCGCCACUGCCGCCGCACCGGUCGCCGUUGCCCAGGACGAAAUCAGUUGUGGCGUCUGCCGCCGCAGCAGCAAAAUCAGCAGCAGCGACAAGGGCAACACGACUAGGGUUUUAAGCGGUACCCGCGCAACUGCAGUGGCAGCAGCAGCAGCCGCAGCUGCAGGAGUCGUUGACGGCCCGCCUUUUGUACGUCUACUGGGCACCUUCACAACGGAUAUGCUCCCAGCUGCCGCGGCGGCGGCGGCGGCGGCAGCGGAACGCUGUUCUGCGGAGGGCGGCGGCGGCGGCGGCGGCGCCCGGCUACCGAGGGUCCAGCCGCUACUACCGCCGCCUGACGCUGCUGAGGCGGCGGCGGCAUCCUCUGCCGCAUACGCUGGGUCACUGCGACAAGGGCCCCUUAUACGGCAUUGGAGGGCAGCCCAACUGGUCCACUGCGACAUCAAGCCCGACAACUUCGCCCUCCGCCUCAUCCCGACCACCUCGCCGCCCGCCUGCCGAGCGCGGGACCUCCUCCUUGCUGCCGCUGCUUCGCCGUCACCUGAUUUGGGUCAUGACGACCCGGGGAAGGACCCGAACCUGCAUUCGCACCAGCACCAGCAUCAGCAUCAGCACUCGCACCAGCACUCGCAUCAGCAUCAGCAAGAAUACGGGCACCAACAAGAGUCGGGCAGCUGCCGGUGGCGGCUGCAGCUCCCAACACCGGCCGGAGGGGGGUGUUGGGCUCUGUUGGAUCUAGGCAGCGCAUGUAGCCUGAAGCCUGGCGGGCAGCGGGUGGCGGACGGACCCGCGGGUCAUGUGCGUCCGUGCGGCAACCUAUGCGGUGGCGGCGGCGGCGGCGACAGCAGCAGCAGCACCGACGCCGGUGGUGCUGAUGCUACGGCGGCAGCCUGGUACGACACCCCAUCGUACGCAGCCCCGGAGCUUACGCUAGGCCUGCCGCCGUCGGCCGCCUCCGACAUGUGGUCCCUGGGCUGUACGGUGUACGAACUGGCCACCGGAUCCAAGCUUCUGCCCCUAUCGCCACAGCUACUGCGCCCGCAGCAGGAAACGUGGGGUGACGGCAGCGGCGGCGGCGGCAGUAGCGAGCCAUCGGCUUGGCCUGAUGCGGCGGAGGUGCACCUAGCCCUGGUAGUGCAACUUUUGGGGAGGCCGCCGCGGAGGCUGCUACAGCGCGCGCCGCGAGCGGGGUGGUACUUUGACGCGGCACGGCGGCAGCUACUCCUCGAGGACGAGUUUGAAAUGCCAGCAAGCUGUAGCUUGGCGCAGCGACUACAGCUGACGUCGAAAAUGGGGAGCAGCAGCCUGCCGCAGAAGCAGGAGAUGCAGGGGCAGGGGUGGGGUCAGAGUGGGGGUGGGUGGGAGGCCAUCACAGACGUCGCGGCCGACACGUUCGCCAAUGUCAGUGGAGGAGGCCGAUCUGGGAAACUCAAGUCCGCAGAGGGAAUGUGCGGCGGCGGCGGCGACGACGGCGGCGGCGGCGGUACAGGGGGGUUUGCGGCUGAGGGGCAACGAAGGCUGGUCGGCUGGGCUGCGACCCGGACGGCGCCGCAUGCCGCAAAAAGCUGUGAGGGUGCGGCCUUCGCUGUUGGCCGGUAUGGCACUUGGAGGGCGAUGAAAGGGGUACGGGCGAUCAGGAAUGACGAGUGUGCGUGUUCGUGUACAUGUAUAUGUACAUGUCAGGCGGAGUGCAGGUUUGGCGGCGGCGGCGGCGACGGCGACGGCGGCGGCGACGAAUGGGACGAGACCGAGUGGGCGGGGUUGCACAGCUUCCUGACGCCGCUGCUGCAGUGGGACCCGGAGGAGCGUCCCCCGGCGCACGUGGCUGCGCAGCACCCCUGGUUGGAGCGACGACGAUAG